AUUUAUUUGAUUAAUAAAGCCCGUCCACUUCGUUAAUUUUAGUGAAGAUUUUGUUUGAUUUGUCGAAUUUUGUUAAUUUUGGCGUUUUAGUUUGACCUAGGGUUUGUGAUUUGGACAUCUUUCUUGUAUGGGCAAUGAAGGCUUUGAUCUACUAGAUUGGUUUCAGUUUAAUAGGGAUGAUGACAGUCUCACAUCUAUUAUUUUAUUAUGAAUUUUCAAGUUUUUAGUGAAUUGAGAAUCCUUUUAUCCACGAGAUUCCCAAUCUCACAUAGUUAUUUUGUAGCUACAAAGUUAUUUGAUUGCAGUCAACAAUUUUGUUUUUGUAAUAAACGAAAAAGUUUGGGUGUAUAUUUUGUUUGUCAGAUGAAUGUCAAGUUUUAUUGACAAACAUCAGAGGAAGAAUGUUAUCAUGUUGAAACUUGCAAGCACUAGCUUUUGGUUCCAUACAUGGAGCUCUGCAUUCUUGUAUACAAAGAACUAGUCAUUCAGAUGAUUUAAAUAGAAUUCUAAGGGAUUUAUGAGUUGGAAAGGUGGAAACAUGGCAACAGGUUUUAGAGAUUGCAAAGGCUAUGAAAUCUGCCAGUUCACCCAGCAAAAGUUCACUCUCAAAGAAGACCCUUAUGUAAUAUUGGUUAUUUUGGAUCUGUGGACUUCAAGUGUGAUAACAUUACAGACAGUAGGAGAAUCUGCAUUCCUUUUCAUUAUAAACAAAGCGAAGGCGCUACUUAGCCCUAUCAAGCAAGCAAGAAUGAAGGCCCGUGCGACACCCGGCGUUAACACUUCCCAAUCUGGAAAUGCUAACCACAGUUUCAAUGGUAACGGGAAUACGCCUGACGGCGAAAGCAUACAAAGAGAGUGA